UUUUUUAUCAAAAUUACAAAAUGGAUAUUCAAGUUAUCAAAAUGUUAAUUUAUAUCGAAUUAUAUGUAUAGAGCAGUUGUUGAUUGUGCUAUUAAAUUUUGGAUAGUUAGCAUUUUUUUAUCGCAUGUGCUUAAGUUUUUGAUAACACAACUCAUAUUAAAUUUGAAAUCGAAAGUAGAAAAUUUGAAACCGAAAGUAGGAUUAUCCAUUGACUUAACAGCCAAAAGCAAUGGAGUGCAAUGUUAAGUUAUUGUACGCGGCUCUGGUAAUGUUGGGAACGGCACAAUCUAUUACCUCAUGGACUGGUGUUCAAAUUUCCACAUGUAAGGCACCGGUGCUAGGUACGCCGUUCUUCAUGUGUUGUUACACCGAGAAUUUACCGAGCGGAGCGUCCAUCUACUUCUCUGCCACUUCCGGUCUCAUGGUAAGAAUAGGACCUUCCUGUGAACUCUGGUAUCAUAACAACACAGACCAAUCAGAUGUGUCAUGGGGUUGCAGCACAAAAGGCAAUGUUUCAACAUUCAGUCUAAAGUUGCCCAGAGAAUUUUCUUCGGAUGAUAUAAAUGACAUUUGGAAAUGUGGUUUCUAUGGCAACAAGUCAGUAACAACGUUAACUGUUUUAAACAAUCAUACGUCAAGCGUCCAGCUACCGGGUUCGAGUCAUGCCUUGCAAUAUACACUGCCGAGUUCGAUUAGCACAUCAAAAAACAUACGACUGUAUUUACUCCAGUCUAACCACACUUUACUGGAAGUUGACCCUAGUAACAACAGUGUGAUCACCCAGGCUGUUGGAAUCAAUUACACUGGGAAUGUUCUGCAGAGAAACUUCUCGGCAGAAAUACAGACUAUUCAGAGGCAUGACAACGGCACUUACGUCUGCGAAUACAGCAUUUCUAGUGGCGCCACAAGGCGGAUGGGUAUAACAAUUGUUGUACUAGGAAAACCAGUGGUAAAAGAAAUUAGAAAUACCACCACGUGGAAAGUCUCGGGAACUAAAAUGUCCGGAAGUGUAGUAUGUGACGCUGUUUCCGGUUCCGCUGCUCCACUUUUCUACUCGCCUAAUAUGUCGACAAACUGGAUCGUUCCUUCCAAAGAUGACUGGCCAGGAGGGGCGCCAGGUUACAACCUGUCAACCAAUGGGACAGCAGCUUACAUCUCCAAUAUAGACUGUAGCAAAACACUCUUGCCAAUUUAUUGUAGAGUGCGGGAACAAUCGCAGAUAUCUGACUACAGUUUAGGUUUCUUGCCAAACACGAUAUGCUCAGAAUUAGGAGUAUCAAAAGCAAGUUCAGAUGAUGGACUCGGCGAUCCAACUUUCAGAGCUCUUGUAAUUGGAAUAUGCUUUUCAGUGACUAGUACAGUGUUCGUCUUCGUAAUUACAAUGGUUGUAGCUCGGAGGCAUGUGAAGAAAAAAGUAAUAAGAUGUUGCGGAUGCUUUAGAAAGUGUUGCCGAUGUUGCGCAGAUAUACUGCCAAGCUCUGACUCAGACUCUGAUUCUGACCUGGAACGCGCUAUAAACCACAGCAGACGAGAUAUUGGCGGGCUUGACGACAUUUUCGCACCAGACAGGAGACGGAGACGUCGAAGUGACGAAGUUCCUGCUCUAGCUGACGGAUUGAGACCAGCACGUGAAUCACGUACAUCCGAUGUACAGCAAGCCUUAGAACGUAUUGCUAUUGAAGAGUCAAGACAGAAUUUUGAACUUUACAACACACAAAACGCAGGAGCUGGCGGCGUAGAAAAUGUUUCUUAUCAAGCAGGUGUUUCCGAUCAAGCUGAUGCGGAACCACAGGGGGCUGUAGGGGGUGCUCCAACAGCCUCAAAUGACAGUGACGUAGCGUUACUCAAAGAAGUUGAAUCGUUACUUGAACGACACCACAAGCACCUUGGUCAUGACGUCAUACCAUUGCAAGUAUCAAGAGACAAUAUUGUAGAGAAUUUAAUUGCUUAUUACACAGAAGAGAGUCUCGCGAUAUCUCGCGUUACUGUAAGCUUUGUUGGCGAGGAAGGCAUGGACUGCGGCGGCGUCACCUACGAUAUGUACACCACAUUCUGGUCCCGUGCUCAAGAAGAAUUCUUCAUAGGCUGCGAAUCGGUGGUGCCGUACCUUCCACCUCAUAGAUUCACCGAUGAUUCAAAGUACCGGGUUCUAGGACGGAUUUUAUCCCAUUCCAUUGCCGUCAUGAAAGCAUUCCCGAUACCGAUAUGCAAAAGCACUAUUAUUGCUAUGAUUUAUGAAACAACGGACGUUUCUGCAGACAUUUUGUUGGAAGAUUUUCUCUACUUUCUUGACGACCAUGACCGUAGUUUGGUUACAACAGGAAUAAACAACUUUGACAGUUUAACAACAGACCAAACAGAUGAGCUAAUGACUGUGUUUGAAAGAUACGACUAUGCCAUCAGGAUAACAGCCGACAAUUUUAAGCACCACGUGACGAAUUUAGCUCGACAUGUGAUCUGUAUACGUCCAAGACCAUUGCUUGAUCUCAUGAGGUCAGGCAUACCGCCGAAUCACUUGGAACACUUUUGGUCUCGUUUUCAUUUAAAGACAUUAGAAAUCCUGUUUCGGGCACUCAAACCAACAGCAGAGAGAGUUAUUGCACGUUUGAAAACGUCAGAGGACCACGGACGUCCGUCUCGCCGGCAAGGCAGAGUCUUAAAGUUUUUGAAAGACCUGCUUACAGAAAUGUCGGAACCGGAACUCGAGACAUUCCUUCAUUUUGUAACUGGAAAAAAAUCAAUCCCGCGUGAAAAGAUCACGAUUGAAUUUACGACAGAAACUGGGACACUGAGACUACCAAAAGCUCAUACCUGCUCAAACAUGUUGGAGCUACCGGAGUCGUACGAGGAUUACGAUACCUUCCGGUCGGAGCUGAAGCAUGUUCUCGCGUCGGAUGAAGCGGUAAAAAUGACAAUGGCGUAGAUGUUUAGUUUUAUUGUAUUUUCUUAGUUUUUUUUACCAUAAAGAUGCAACAAACAGAUACUAAAUUUAGAGUAGAUUGUUUUGUAUAUGGAUCAGCAUUUCAUUGUACAAAGCUAUAUAUGUAAAUAUCUCUACGGAGGACAGGGCCCGAGUGUACGUACACCUGUAAAUAUUUGUGAUAUUUCCGGUAAUACUCAUUUUAGGUCGAAUUCGUCAUAUUUAGAUAUAAAAAAAACGCGCACAGUGUCCCUAAUUACGGACCUGUUUCAUGAGCCGGAACAUUUGUGCGUUCAUGUAUUAACAUUGCAAAAGCCUCUGCCAUCAGAGGGCAUUGGCAAGUAUUAAAUAUCAAUGUUGAAAACAAAAGAAGUGUGUGUAGUGUGAAAAAGAUUGUAUUAAGGCCAAAAAUAAUAUAUAAUAUUGAGCUUAAAUGCAUGCAUCUCUUUUCUUUCCAAAGCCUUUGAGGUACAUGUAUAUAAAUUGUACCCAUUUUAUUUGUAAAAACAAAAUUUGAGAACGGCCUCUCCUGUAAAGCUUGUGAAUAACGGUUUUGAUUAUUCAGAUAUAUCUGAAACAAUUAAUUAGACCAAUCAGACUUUCCUUUCAAACGACUCUGGUGUAAGUUUUUUUCUCUGCUUUUCGCAUAAUGUUACGAGCAAUUAUUAAUGGGAGACUUAUGUAGACGUUCGAACUUGCCCUCCAGGGUCUGUUCCGUUAGGUCAAGUAACUUUUCAGAAUAUUAUAACAACUUUAUUUUCUGAAGAUUGGUAUGGUACGCAUGCUACAAUCCUUUAUGGGGAACGAAAACAUAAUUGAGUCCGAUAAAAAUGUAACAAUGCCCAGGGUUUAUUAGUCGGAAUGACUAAGAAAAUUGUAAUCAGUAAAAAGACGUUGUUUUGAAAAUGGUAAUAAAUCCAGUUUUAUAAUGUUAGACGUCGUGGUAAUUAUGCCCCCCCCCCCCCUUCGAAGAAGGAGGGGUAUAUUGUUUUGCAGAUGUCGGUCGGUCGGUCUGUCGGUCGGUCGGUCGGAAUGUAGACCAGUCCGUUUCCGGAUGAUAACUCAAGAACGCUUGGGCCUAGGAUCAUGAAAGUUGAUAGGGAGGUUGGUCAUCACCAGCAGAUGACCCCUAUUGAUUUUGAGGUCUGUAUGUCAAAGGUCAAGGUCACAGUGACCCUGAAUAUUAAAACGGUUUCCGGAUGAUAACUCAAGAACACUUGGGCCUAGGAUCAUGAAAGUUGAUAGGGAGGUUGGUAAUGACCAGCAGAUGACCCCUAUUGAUUUUGAGGUCAGUAUGUUAAAGGUCAAGGUCAAAGUGACCCUGAACAGUAAAACGGUUUCCGGAUGAUAUCUCAAGAAUGCUUAGGCCUAGGGUCACGAAAGUUGAUAGGGAGGUUGGUCAUGACUAGCAGAUGACCCCUAUUGAUUUUGAGGUCAGUAUGUCAAAGGUCAAGGUCGCAGUGACCAGGAGCAGUAAAAUGGUUUCCAGGCAAUAACUCAAGAACUUUUGGGCCUAGUGUCAGGAAAAUUGAUAGUUAGGUUGGCCAUGACCAGCAGAUGACCCCUAUUGAUUUUGAGGUCAUUAGGUCAAAGGUCAAGGUCGCAUUGGCCAGGAACAGUUAAACGGUUUCUGAUCUUCUUAUCCAAAACCAUAGGGCAUAGGGCUUUGAUAUUUGGUAUGUAGCAAAAUCUAGUGAUCCUCUAUCAAGAUUGUUCAGAUUAUUUCCCUGGGGUCAAAUAUGGCCCCAUCCUGGGGGUCACAUGGUUUAUAUAGACUUAUAUAGGAAAAAAAACUUUGAAAAACCUCUUGUCCAAAACCACAGGGCCUAGGGCUUUGAUAUUUUGUAUAUGACAUCAUCUAGUGGUCCUCUACUAAGAUUGUUCAAAUUUUUCCCCUAGGGUCAAAUAUGGCUCCGCCCUGGGGGGUCACAUGGUUUACAUAGACUUAUAUAGGGAAAAACUUCUUGUCCAAACCACAAAGACCAAGGCUUUGAUAUUUUGUAAUGUAGCAUCAUUUAGUGGUUCUCUACCAAGUUUGUUCAAAUUAUCCCUCUAGGGUCAAAUAUGGCCCCGCCCCAGGGGUUAUAUGGUUCAUAUAGACUCAUAUAGGGAAAAACCUAGAAUCUUCAUGUCCAUAACUUACAUCAUUCAAAUUUGGACCACAUGUAUAGUUUUGAGUGGCAAGAUGAACCUUCACAUGAGUUGACCUUGAUCUUGACCUAGUGACCUACUGACCUAGUGACCUACUUUCACAUUUCUGUAGCUACAGCCUUCAAAUUUGGACCACAUGCACAGGUUUGUGUACCAAAAAAAACUUUGACCUUGUUAUUGACCUAGUGACCUACUUUCACAUUUUUGAAGGUACAGGCUUCAAAUUUGGACCACAUGCAUAGUUUUUUGUUCCAAAAUAAAAAUUGACCUUGAUUUUGACCUAGUGACCUACUUUCACAUUUCUCAAGCAACAGCCUUCAAAUUUGAACCACAAGCAUAGUUUUUUGUACUGAAAUGAACUUUGAUCUUGAGAUUGACCUAGUGACCUACUUUCACAUUUCUGAAGGUACAGGCUUCAAAUUUGGAUCACUUGCAUAGUUUUGUGUUCCGAAAUAGAAUUUGACCUUGAUUUUGACCUAGUGACCUAUUUUCACAUUUCUCAAGCUACAGCCUUCAAAUUUGGACCGCUUGCAUAUUUUUAUGUUCUGAAUUGAAAUUUGACAUUGAUUUUUACCUAUUACCUUACUUUCACAUUUCUCAAGCUACAGCCUCCAAAUUUGAAACACAUGCAUAGUUCUGUCUACCGAAAUGAACUUUGACCUUGAAAUUGAUCUAGUGACCUGCUUUCACAUUUCUCAAGCCACAGCUUUCAAAUUUGGACCACAUACACAUUGUUUUGUACCGAAAAGAAAUUUGAACUUGAUUUUGACCUUGAGCUAGCCUUGAAAUUUGGAACAUUCGAAAAUGGCUCAGUGGAUGGCGCCAAGAUCACUCUGUAAUCUCUUGUUAGGUUAAUAGGUUGAAGGUCAAGGUCAGAUUAAACCAGAAUGGUAGAACUUUAAUUUACAGUGAGCAUAUAAUUUCUGUUCCUUGUGCAAUUACUGAAUGCAUCAAGGGGGGCAUUUCGUGUUCGACGAGCUCUUGUUGAAUAAGUCAUCAGAUAAAUUAUGUUGACGUCGAGGACGUUGGUCGAAUUGACUUUAUCGAUAAAAGGUCAAGAAAAAAGAAAUUUCGAUAUUUCAGCAGAUAAAGCUAACAUGUGAUAAAGCAAUAUUUGUUUCAAAUUAUUUAACUCGGCGCAUAAAAAGUAUAAAAUGCUAGAGCUAUUUUAUUAACUUAUUCACAAAAGUCAGUUAUAAAAAUAUGCUCGGGUAAUUAUGUCCUUUUUAUAAGAAAAAAAAACAACACUGAUGUAACAUGCACAAUAUUUUCCCACAGUAUUAAAUACGCAUAUGUAAUGAAGGUUUUGCUCAUUUUUCUAUAAACUUCUUCCUUGAUUUUACAGCAUGAUUUUUUCGCAGUCCAUUUUGUUAGAUAUAUAAUUAAAGAAAAAACAGAAAAAAGCAAUAUAAAUAUGUAAUAUUUUAAAUGCAAUUAUAUAUAAAACGCUAACUCUUUUAGUACUAUUAUUAUCAAUUUCAGACUCUGUUUUCAUAUUUUUGUAAAACAAAAGAGAGUAAACACUGUUAUACAGUU